UGCCCGAGGAGAUGGCGCUGCUGCAGCAGCACGGCAUCUGCGAUGUGGUGACGUACCCGGACCUAACGAGGCCGCGCUCGGAUGACGACCGGCGCCUGCUGGAGCAGCACGAGCAGCGCAGCGUCGAGGCGCAGCAGAAGGCGAUGACUCUGGCGCGCCACAAGCAGCUGCUGGAGCGCGCCGAUCAGAUCGUCGACGGCAAGUGGAAGAAGCUGCAGCAGCAGCGGGCGGCCGGCCGCGCCGUGGAGGCCGUCUCGCGCCACCAGCUGCGGUUCGACUUCAUCGAGCGGCUGCGCGCGAACGUGCGGCCGCCUCCGGCCGCGCAGUGCUACGCGCAGCUGUACUGCGGCCACCCGCUGACGCGCCUGGCGCACGGUUGCGGCAAGACGCUGCUCAUCAGCGCGGUGGACCAGCACGGAUAA